AUGUUGAAGUUAAGCCGCACCAGUAGUGAUCUCGAGGAGAUCCUGAAUAAUUGGGAAACCAUCGAGCCUGGUAUGGAGCCUCAGCCAUGCCGCUGGGAGGAUGUCAUGGCCGCCAUCGAGACAGCGAAAGAAACAUAUGCGAUGAAAGCGACAAAUAAAGGACGAGCGGUGCUACGCAACAUGGCGACUAUCAAGACGCUCCAGGCCCUUUCUCAAGUCGUACCUGAGCAGGACGGCCUCAGUGUUUUGAGAGGUGGGCUCACUCUUGUGUUUAAGCUCAUCGAGCGUCGAAUCGAAAACCAAGAAAGGAUCCUCAAGACACUGGGGGAUAUCCCCUUCAUCUUCGAGCGGGCAUGUAAUGACCUUUUGUCUUUCGGAGCCGACGAGGUCCUCGUCACGAGAGUCAGAGAUCUUUACUCUGUGUUAUUGCGGCAGAUUGCCAUGUUGCUGAGGAUCUUGCUUCGCAAACAGAAAGGAUCAGGAGAAGCGAUAAAAGGCAUCGAGCGCAAGUUCGGCGAAGGCAGCGAACACCUCAAAUCCCUCGGCGACAGAUUUGAGGCGAUGGAGAGGAGAAUGAUCAAUAUCGAAGCGAGCGUCCAUACAUGCCGCAUUGAGGAGGCCCUCUUUUUGAACACGAAUGUGUUCCAUUUGUUUGCUCAAAAUAUUCUACAGGCGCAGCAUAUAACGAGACAGAUCACCGGUUCCAGUCUCUCGUACUACGACCCGGCUCUACCGCCAUCGCCAGGUUACUCUCAAUCCCCUCAGCCCACUGUUCCCUAUCUCCAUAUUGAAGUCAGCAUAGAGCAGAUUUUUGAUAUUAUCAACAUCGAUCCGGUCAUAGGCGGUCGUAAUACACCAAUGGCAAUUUCCCAUUUACCGAAUAUUGGCCAUGUCGCAGACGACAUGGAACAUGUCCUACGCCAAAGUGGUGACCUACAAGAGUCCGCCCUUCGUCGCACAAACUGGCUCUUGGCCACCGAUAGGUUCCUAGUAUGGCUUCGGUCCGACACAGAACGAGAUCGCGGCCCACAAUCCGAUCUGAUUCUCAUCAAUGGCCAAUGUGACGAGGACCUCAACAACUCCGUUUCAGCCCUGUCCGUCUUCUGCGCGACGCUGAUAUCGAUGAUGAUCACGAUCCCCUUGAGCUGCGAAGACACGACCAGCAUGUCAUCCAACCACCCAAACGCGGUCGACUCAAAGUGA